AUGCUCUCCGUUGACAAUGUUGAUGAUGUCGGUCCCCUCGGGCCAACAAACAUCACCACUAUUGCUAACGUUGGUGGUAUGGUUGAAGCCGAUACUCAUCGUGGACUCGUUGACGAAAAUGAUCCCGAAGGGGUCUUUGAGAUAACCGUUAAUGUAGGCGAACUGGGUAUCGCUGGAAAUCGUGCCUAUACCCUCCAUGCCUUGGCUUAUGAUGGAUCUCCUGACGGACCUGAUGCAAUGUAUGGUAAUCGGCAGACCGAUCUCUCACCGGAAAGCACAAUUCACGUCAAAAAUUACCUACGUCCAGACCCAACUGUUGUCCAAUUAACAGUUGAUGAUGGGACGGGGACGAACGUGGAUAGUGGCGGUCCGCAGGGAACGUUUAUGUUUGCAGGCUACACGCUUGAGCAGAGUUCGCCGCCUAUCAUGUCAAUCCGCUUGGAAGCGAAACGUGAAAGUGAUCCCGAAAGUGCAUGUGAAAUUAUCGGCACCGGCGAUGUUAGCAGCUCUGUUGACAUUGAAGAUGAUUCGCUACCCAAAGUUCUUUAUCAUCUUGCCGAGGCUGUUGAUGAAGAUAGCUCAGUCGUCGCUAUUGAUGCAACUUAUCCAGAGUUCUCAGUUGACAACGAUGAUGAUGUCGGACCGCUUGGUCCUACAAAUAUUGUCGAAGUAGCUACAACUGCUGGACCGGUUGAAGCCGAAGGUGGUUGGGAUGUAACACUUCCUGAUGUGGGUGAACUGGCUAACGGAACUUAUAGUUUCCACGCUGAGUCUGUUGACGCAUUUAAAAAUCCGCAGACCGAUGGGCUCUCACCCAAAAUCACGGUUAUUGUUGAAAACAGAUAUCGACCGGCUCCCGAAGUUUUGGCACUCAUAGUGGAUUCCGAAAGCAUUACACAGACGAACCCGGAUAGUGGUGCACCUCAGGGAACCAUCAUGCUUAACGCUUAUUCGCACGAGAUAAGUUCUCCGCCCACCACCUCUGUGAAGUUUGAGGUUAAACGUAAGAACGACCUGGGUCGUGCCUGGGCAGCCUCUAUCGGCACUGCCACUGGAAGUACUGAGACUACCGGAGUUUCAGACGCAACCUUCGCUGAUUUCAUUGGUGACUUAGCCAAUAGGGCAGUCAGUGCCGCAGAAGCGAGCGACGGUGGUAAUGCGACAGUUGUACCGAUCAGUCGAACCUAUCAAAUGUGGGCCAUUGACGUAGAUACAACAGCACUUGAAGAUACCAUUAUGAAGGAUAGCCUUGCAGCACGCGAUGCAUCUAAAGACGAUAACCGGUAUAUGGUCCGUGCGGUCCCGAUUGAAGAAGCAUCCGACUUUGAAGAUCCAGGGCCAUCCCCAGACGCUACAGCGAUGUUCUCGGUUGACAACGAUGACGAUGUCGCGCCUCUCGGUCCGACAAACGUUAGCGUAACAAACGUUGAGGCAACCGGCAGCGUCUUUGAAGACGCUGGAGAUGGCAGCUACACUGUCGGUGGACUCGUCGAUAAGUAUGACGAGGCCGUUAACGACGAGGCUGUUAACUCACCAUACCGACCGGUUCCUCAAGUUCUGGCAUUUACUGUCGGUGAUCCAACACAGACGAACCCGGAUAGUGGCGCGCCUCAGGGAACCAUUUCACUCUACGGUUACUCACCUGAGAUUACGUCGGCACCCACCACCUCUGUUGUUUUUGAAGUUAAACGCAAAAACGACACAGAGUGGAAAGCGGUCGGCACUGCCUCCGAAAGUAGUCCCGUUACUGCAGCUGACGAUGCAAAACUCGCAGCAGCGGACGUAGCGGAUGUUGCUGGAGAGAAUGUUGUAACCUCCGACACCUAUCAAAGAUGGAUGAUUGAGGUAGAUACAACAACGCUUGAAGAUAGCAUUACUGCUGACAGCCCUGGCGCACGUGAUCACACUAAGGACGACAACCAGUACAUGGUGCGUGCAACAGCAAUGGCCGAAGCAGAUGGAAGCGCAAAUCUAUCCGUAGAUGGCGUUACAGCAAUGUUCUCGGUUGACAAUGUUGACGAUGUCGCGCCUCUCGGUCCGACAAACGUUAGCGUAACAAGCGUUGAUGCAAUCGACAGCGUCCUCGAAGCCGCUGAAGAUGCAGCAGCUACACCGUUGGUGGUCUCGUUGAUAAAUACGACGAGGCUGUUCUAUCCCCUGUGGCGACCUUUACUCUUAAGCCGACAGCGGAUCGGAAAACCUACAAAUCUGUCAGGUUCGUAACGGACAUUGAAAACCUUGUUGUUACGGAAGUAACCGAAACCGCCGAAGGCAGUGGCGUUUUCACAGUAACCGUUGAUGUCGGCACACUUGCUGACAUGAAAACAUACUUAGAAAA